AUCUCUGGAAAAGAUUGAUAUAUUUAUGCUUUCCCUCAUGCAGUUUGCUGAUAAGGAAGAGCAUUGACAUGCACAAUUCAAGCCAUCAACCAAUAUUUCAAAAAGAAUGGAAGGAAUUUUUUGGACAACGAGUAAAUUUGCAACGAAUAGAGAAAGGAUGUUUAGGUGGUAAGCUUCGGGGUUCACAUGUUCGAUCGAUUAUUUGGAGGAUUUUGCUUCGUUGUUUACCUCUUGAACGAGAAGAAUGGUGUACAAUUCUGUCGCGAACCCGUAAUUCAUAUAAUAAAUUGAAAUCUGAGCUGUUGACAAAUCCGCGCGAGCAAACAUCGGUUUUGGAUCCAAACGUCAGCAAUCCGUUGUCACUUGGUGAUGAGAAUCCGUGGCAACAAUAUUUCAUUGAUUGCAAGCUACGUGAAUGCAUAAAUCGUGACGUAGAACGAACAUUUCCGGAAUUGGAGUAUUUCAAAGAUGAGAAUAUACGAACCGUCAUGUCAGAUAUUCUCUUCAUAUAUGCGAAACAUCAUCCGGACAUUGCAUAUAAACAGGGUAUGCACGAAAUACUUGCUACGCUAAUUUUUGUAUUAAAUUAUGAUCAACAAACUUUUGCUCAUCUUAUGGAACAAAAUGAAUUGAAAGAAUUACCACCAGAAGAAUUGAAAAUUCUAUGCGCUGUCAAUAAUCAGGACUUCCUUGAACACGACUCCUUUGAAAUAUUCACCCAAUUAAUGAUGAUGUUGGAACGAUGGUAUUUGGCGAGUGAUGAGGAAUACACCGAAUACUCCAAUCGUACUUUGGCAAGUAAUAACAAAUUAGGCCAUUCUGUGCCAUUUGUUAAUCCAGAUGAUGCUUCUGAUUCAAGAAAUGAAUUAAUUAUUAAGCUUCGAAGUAUCAUGAACGAUAUAUUGGCAGUAAUUGAUCCGGCAAUGCAUCAGCAUCUUUCAAAAUUGAACAUUUUGCCACAAAUUUAUGGAAUUCGUUGGUUACGGUUAUUGUUUAGUCGCGAGUUUCCGAUUCACGAUCUGUUAUUUGUAUGGGAUGCUAUAUUCGCUUUCAGACCAUCAUUAUCUUUAGUUGAUUAUAUUUUUGUCGCAAUGCUCGAAUACAUUAGGCAUUUAAUUAUCAAUGAAGAUUAUAGCACAACAUUGCAGUAUUUAAUGCGCUAUCCACCAGUAGCUGAUGCGCAUUCCUUAAUUCAGUACGCUCUACAUAUCAAAUCACCUAAAAAGUUUGAAGUACCGCAAACUCUUAGUGUUACAAAUUUCGAAAAUAUAACAGUCGCUGGAGUGGUACAUCCAAAUCGAACGAAGGAUAUUGUCGAGACGAAAAUUGCUAUGGAAAAAUCAAAAGCAAGUCCACCAAAACAGUUCCCAUCGUCAGGAAUGAUAUUCUAUAAUGGCGGGGAAAAUAGGCAUCAACACGGUGAUAACAAAUCAUUUGUUGCUAAAAUUGUAGAUACUCUUUCGGAUCGAACCAUGAUUGAAAGAGGAUUGAUUCGUCCACAAGUAAAUUACAGCAAAGGUGGUCAUUUCGGUAUGAAAGCUUCAAACGAGAUGAUUGAGCUUUUGCAAGAGCAAGUGUCAUGUUUACAAUCACGGUUGAAUGAUAUGGAUAUGAUGGCUGGUAUAGUGAAACAGAGGAUUGGUCUCGUGAUCGAUGAGCAACUGCCGAAAAUAAUUGGUAAUGACGGUUUAAAGAACCUAAUAGCAGAAGAAUUACGUGGCAUUCGAUCCCAGGUUGAGAAUGCUGUACGGUUAGGUACUAAGCACGCAAAGAUGACAGUUUCCUCAGGAUUCAUAAGAGACACAAGAGAAAUUGUUCGUGAUACGGGAAGUGGUGCUAUCGAAGUUGGCAAUGAAGUACAUGUUCCAACAGUUCGAUCAUUACAUAAUAGUGCUGGUUCUUCUUCGAUGCUACGACUUCAGGUUUCACAAUUGGACACUGAAAUGCGUGAAAUAAGACCUCAUUCUGCUGUCCAGUAA